AAUCGCAGCGCGGGUGCGAGUUCUCGGGUUCGUGUUCGUCGCACUGCACCACCCAGUGACCAGUGCCAGUGGCCAGCUGUGAGCGUCGUCAACGUUGCGCGCGCGCGUUAAACACAAUACCAAAAAAAAAUAAAAUAACUCUUAACUGACGCGCCACGCAGCGCGAAAUGCAGCCUGCAGCUUAAGCAUUUUGCAUAUGAAAUGGAUCCAAAAAAUAUAGCCAAAACGUGUGCCAUGAAGGAGAAAAGCAAAAAUGCGGCACGCACGCGUCGUGAAAAGGAAAACACGGAAUUCUGUGAAUUGGCCAAAUUAUUGCCAUUGCCAGCGGCGAUUACAUCACAGCUGGACAAGGCAUCCGUCAUACGUUUGACCACAUCCUAUUUGAAAAUGCGCCAAGUUUUUCCGGAUGGACUCGGUGAAGCUUGGGGCUCCACGCCAGCGAUGCAGCGCGGCGCGACCAUCAAGGAGUUGGGCUCACAUCUGCUGCAGACACUGGACGGCUUCAUCUUUGUGGUGGCACCGGAUGGCAAAAUCAUGUACAUCUCGGAGACAGCCUCGGUGCAUUUGGGUCUCAGUCAGGUCGAGCUGACGGGCAACUCCAUAUUCGAGUAUAUACACAGCUACGAUCAGGAUGAGAUGAAUGCCAUAUUGUCCUUGCACCCGCACAUGCAUCAGCAUCCACUCGCCCAGACGCACACGCCCAUUGGCAGUCCGAAUGGGGUGCAGCAUCCGGCGGCAUAUGGCCACGAUCGCGGCUCCCAUACGAUCGAGAUCGAGAAGACCUUCUUCCUGCGCAUGAAAUGUGUUUUGGCCAAGCGCAAUGCGGGUCUCACAACCUCCGGCUUUAAGGUGAUACACUGUUCCGGCUAUUUGAAGGCGCGUAUUUAUCCGGACUGUGGUGAUGGACAGGGCAGCCUUAUACAGAAUCUCGGCCUGGUUGCCGUCGGUCACUCGCUGCCUUCAUCUGCCAUUACGGAAAUCAAACUGCAUCAGAAUAUGUUUAUGUUUCGCGCCAAACUUGACAUGAAGCUCAUCUUUUUCGAUGCACGCGUAUCGCAGCUAACCGGCUACGAGCCGCAGGACCUUAUCGAGAAGACGCUUUAUCAGUACAUCCAUGCCGCGGACAUAAUGGCCAUGCGCUGCUCCCAUCAAAUCCUGCUGUACAAAGGACAAGUUACCACCAAAUAUUAUCGCUUCCUGACCAAAGGCGGCGGCUGGGUCUGGGUGCAAUCCUAUGCCACACUGGUACACAAUUCGCGAUCCUCGCGCGAGGUCUUCAUCGUGAGCGUCAACUAUGUGCUCAGCGAGAGAGAGGUCAAAGACUUGGUGCUAAACGAGAUACAAACGGGCGUGGUUAAACGUGAGCCCAUCUCACCGGCGGCCCAGGCGGCGGCAGUGGCCGCUGCGGCCGCCACCGCUUCGGCAGCGGCAGCAGCAGCGGCGGCGGCAGCAGCGGCCUCUGUCAGCAUAGGCGCCACCUGCGUUGCGGCGCAGCAGCCGGUUACGAGCACGCCCGCGCUGAGCGUCAGUCCCAAGCUGGAUCCCUACUUUGAGCCGGAGCUGCCGCUGGCGGUGCAGCCGCCGCCGCCCAAUGCGGUCACGCCGGUGCCAACAAACAACAAUAAUAACAACAACAAUAACAACAACAGCAGCUCCGGCGGAUGGCAUCAGCAGCAUGCCCCGCUGCAUCAGCAGCAGGCGGGCAGCAUGGAUCACGACAGCCUCAGCUAUACUCAGCUCUAUCCGCCGCUCCAUGAUCUGGUGGUUAGCUCGAGCAGCAGUGCAGGCGGCGGCACCGCUUCCAGCGCCGGCGGCGGCUCCAGUGCAUCGGCCUCAUCCUCGGGCGUUUACUCGACGGAAAUGCAGUAUCCGGAUACGACAACGGGCAGCCUCUACUACAACAACAACAAUCAUUAUUAUUAUGACUAUGAUGCCACCGUGGAUGUGGCCACGUCCAUGAUGCGACCCUUUUCGGCCAACUCGAAUAGCUGUUCGAGCAGCUCGGAGAGCGAUCGCCAGCUGUCUACUGGCAAUGCGUCCAUUGUGAAUGGCACCUCGCCCUCGCAGACCACCUACAGCGAUCUGAGUCACAAUUUCGAGCUCAGCUACUUCUCCGACAACAGCUCCCAGCAGCAGCAGCAACAGCAGCAGCAGCAACAUUUGCUGGACCAUCAGCAUUUGCAGCAGCAGCAGCAGCAACUGCACGCACAGCAGCAACAUCCACUGCAGCAACAUGCACAGCAGCAAUAUCAGCAGCAGCAACAAUAUGGCAUGCAUCAGCAGCAGCAGCAACAGCAACAGCAACAGCAGCAGCAGCAGCAGCAGCAGCGCGUUGUCAGCGACUUUGCGGAGAGCUUUAAGAGCGUAAAUGCCGUUGCGGCAGCAGCUGUUGCUGCCACGCCCCAUUAUACGAGUGUGAUUGUUGAGCCGCAGCAUUAUAUACCCAACGAUUUUGUGCAUUAGCAGCGCUGCGCUGUUGUUGUUGUUUUUAAAACGAGUCACAGACCACACCCUGCCCCCAAAUGUUGUUGCAAUGUUAUUGAUCUAGCGACCAAUCGACUUAUCGAUUUAUCGUUUCUUCAAAUGCACCUCUGCGUUUAGUUCAGCUCUCCAUUUUGUAAUAUGUGGCUGAGCCACGGUGCAAGCCUUUUUGCGUUCUCAAUCUUCAGCAUAAAUCAACUGCACAUCUAUUUAUUAACUAUUAUUAUUAUUAACUAUUCGACACAUUUGUUUGAAAAUAAAACCAUUGUUAACAAAUGCAAAUGCAAAUGCAAAUGCAAAUACAAAUUAUAUAUAUAUAUAUAUAUAUAUACAUAAAAUUGUAAUUAUAAGCUCUAGCUGUAAAUUGUUCAUAUAAAUUAAAUUAUGCACAUAACAUAUGUAUACCAUAUAGAUGGCUCCAUCAUAAAAUCGCAUAUUUGCAAAAAUGUAGCAAAAAUAAACAACAAAAAAUCCAUAAAAAUAACAAAAUAUAUGUAUGUAAAUAUGCGUUAAUGUGUAAAUAAAGCAGGAAGCGUUCUCCAUUUACGUAGAUAUCUGAUAUGAUGAUGCUGAUGAUCUUCAUAAGUCGCGUAAAUAAUUGUACAUGUAAAUUUAAUUGUAAACGUAAAUUUUUCUAAUUUGAAUAAACAAAUUAUU